AUGGAGAACCUUAGCUAUCAGUUAAGGAAUCUCAAACUCCACCUUAAAUGGUGGAACCGACAUAUCUAUGAGAAUGUCCAUACCCAGGUUGAUGUAUUGCAAAAAGAGUUAGCAGAGGUUGAAAGACUACUGCAAGCUAGAUAUUCAGAUUGCUGCUUGGGAAAGGAGUAG